AAGAGGCCAUAGAGAUCGUUUAGGAUACUUUCACAAAUUUGAAUCGAGAAUACAAAAACGACAUCGAUCUAUUUAUUUGCAAUAUAUCUACGUAUUGAGAUAAACUGAAUAAAUUGUCUCAUGGAAAAUUUUGAAUACGUGAUACGAAAACCAAAGCAACAGAGAAUAUGUUUCGGUUCUGGAUGUCCACGCGAUACCUCCAAGAAGGGUAUGAACUCUUUCAUGAGAUAUCACACUGCAGAGGAUUAUCCAGAUAUAGGACCUAAUUCCUAUAACAUCUUGGAAUCGUUUAACGCAAUUAAAACUAGGCCAUGUCCUCAUAGCUUUAGUAGGAAGGGGUAUAGUGGCAUUGCUCAGUUUGCCAGGCCUGUUGCUCAUAUGGAUGAUUAUCCAUCACCAUCUGAAUAUAUCAUUUCGUUUCCUAAACUUAACAAACUGCAAAAACAUCCGUUUGCAUCUACCAGUGAAAGAAAAAUCUUUGACAUUAACAAAAUUCCAGGGCCUGGAAUGUAUGUCAGUAAGGAAAUAAAAGGUGUUGCAUUUCAACAUAGUUUUGGUGGUAGAGCCACGAUGCGACUUGGAGUCGAUUUUAAAUGUUGCAAACGCACCAUGGAUAUCUGCAAAAUGUGUAAUAAAAAACCAACAGGUGAUUACUGGCACUUGAACAAUAAAAUCUUUUUAUGUAGAAUGUGCAUGUUAAAGGAAUUUCAUGAACCAAUAAAAUUUAAGGGAAAGGAACUACAGUUAUUCCGUAAAAUAAGAGAUUGUUCAAGUAUUCACAUUCACGAAGGCACUGACGCAAAGAUAUGGCUAAUGCAUCCUACUACAGUCAAACAGUGGUUAAGAAGAGAAGCAUAUCUUUCAACUUAUUUGGGAGAUUAGAGAAAGCAGACUAUGACAGGAUUACCACCAUCAGGCGCUUGUCUCGAUAUUUCAGGAACAGACGAUUUGGAUAUAGCUAAACAAUAAUUCUUGGUUUCUACAUCAACUUGUUGUAUCGAUA